AAUAGGUAAUCAUAGAGUUAGACUUGUGCACAAUAACAUAAACAAGCAUGGUUGAUAACAGUGUGUUAGAGCUGAACCUUGGUUUAGGUAACAACAACAACAAUAACAACGUUGUUGGUGGUCAUGCACAUGCAGGACAGUCACCGAGGCAAAGGUGUCCGGCACCAUUUCUGUUGAAGACGUACGAUCUGUUGGAAGAAGGUGAGAGUGAAGAUAUGACAAGAAUAGUGUCGUGGAAUGAAGAAGGAAGUGCCUUUGUUGUGUGGUCUCCUGCAGAAUUCUCUGAGCACACCUUGCCUAGAUAUUUCAAGCACAACAACUUCUCUAGCUUCAUUCGCCAAUUGAACACUUAUGGAUUUAAGAAAAUGUCAUCGAAAAGAUGGGAAUUCAAACACGAGAAAUUUCAGAGGGGUUGCAGGCACAUGCUAGGUGAAAUCACAAGGAAAAAGUGCGAGCCAAGUGUUUUUCCUGCAUACCUUAAGUCUUCUUCUGAGGAAAAUGCAACGAGUUCCACAGAAGAAAACAAUCAGCAACUUCUUAUGGAGGAGAACAAGAACCUUAAGAAGGAGAGAUUAGAGCUUCAAAUGCAGAUUGAUGAAUGCAAAGCACUUGAAAUGAAGUUGCUCGCAUGCCUCUCUCAGUUUAUGGACACCCAACAAACUAAAAUUAGGAGACUUUGUUAAUUCAUAUGGUUAUAAUUAAUAGGUCUUUAUGUUACCAUGGAUUAAUAAUAUUUGGUUUUAAUUUACCUUUCUUUUUCAUUCA